UGAAAUGAGAGAAUUACAAUCUAAAAUUUUAAACUUAAAUAUAGAAGAUAUAGAAAAGUAUAGUGAAAAUAAUAUUACAUAUAAUGAAAUUGAAAUAGAUGAUAUUCCAAAAAAACGGAAAAGAAACCAACAGAAUAAAAAUUCUAAUGAAAAUGUAUAUCAAGUAGAAAAAAUAUUAGACCAUAUGGUUGACGACAAUAAUAAAUUUAUAUUCUAUGUAAAAUGGUAUGGUUAUGAUGAUUCUGAAAAUAGCUGGGUAAAACAAAAUGAUUUUAAUACAAAAGAUAUUAUUAACCAGUAUCUAAAAGAUAAAAAUAUUCAAUAA